GAGCAGAAUUUUUCUCUUUCUUUUUCUUUGGUCAAGAGAGUUGAAGCCCAUCUAUUCCAUGGCUUUCUUUCAAGUCUUCAGUUUGGUCUGCUCAAGUUAUUUCCUCCUUGUUUUCUUCAUUUCUAAUUCUCAAAGACAAUGAAACUUUGAUGUUAUUGUUGAGAGAUUUGUGUAGAUUCAAUUUUACGUUUUUUAAGGUGUAGAUCUGGAGGUGCUGCUAACGUUAUUAACAUGUUAAGCAAAAUCAAAGUCAGAAAAACUACCAUCUAAUCCUAAUUCUAUUGGAUGCAUCAUGUUUCUGGAGUGCAGAUUGAGAUUAGUGAAGCCGAGAUGGUGGUCUCCUUUCAAGGCUCCAACUUCCCCAGACACCUACUUGCCCAGGUCUGGAUGCAAGCUGAUUGGAAAAAGCUUGGUUAUCUUGGUAGACGGGUUUUAUAGUGCCCUUAAACUUGUAACUGUGGCACAAAGUGAAUUAAUACCAGAUAGAGUGAAGGCAGCACUCUAUCACCCUGAUUCUGCUUAGAUUCCUGCUCCCAAUAUAUACCUUGCAGUGAUGCCCAUGCUGCAGUCUAGGGUAGCAUCAUCUAUUUCAGUCAAGUGUCACUACUUCAGUGCCAUCCCAAGAUUUAGUCAUUAGAGGAAAACCUGGUCUUGGAAAUGCAAGCAUGAUCAUCAGUUUUCCAGUCGCAACAAAAUCAAUUUUAUGAGGCCAUCAUCAACUGUCACUCCUAGCACUUCAUCUCUAAUACAACAGGAUGCUGCUGCAGUCAAUCUUACACCAAGGGGAGGUAAUGUGGUGCUUCCUCAUCCUCCUAGUCCAAGCUUUGCAACUUAUUGGCUAUGUGGAAGUAUGCAUGGUCCCUCCCUCACCAGGAGUUGAGUUAGCCUCCAAGUUGCUAAUCAAGGUAUUGCUUCUUCUACAAAGCAGGGUGGAGUUGGGAGCAACAUCGAGUUUGAAAUCUUCUGUUCAACCAAUACCACCAGCAGCCACUAAACAUAGACAGUCUAGGAUGCUUCAAAAUCUCAAGAUUCAUUGAUACCAUCCGACAAGCUUGCAACCAAGAAUUCCCAAGCAUCAGCCAUUUCACCAAAUAUAUUGUUUUGCCUCUUACUCACUUUUUGGAUAUCUCCUCCUUGGAACGCUAUCCCAACCAACACAAACUUGGUGGCUGCAUCAUCUACAAUUAGUUCAGCUGUCUUAACAGCCUUAGUUCCUGGGCCACAAUGUUUAGCAAAGCCAAGUCCAAUUUAAUCUUUGAAGAGUAAGCUGAGGGUAGUCAUUCUCUGCAAGGUCAGCCAACAGGGAAAACCCAGCAGGUUGUGGCACAAAGGACUGUUGCUACUACUAUUGUAACUGGUAGAUUGGUUUUCAAUGGAAAACUUACUGGUGAAACAUGCGCACAGCCUUUUCAUGAGCUCGAGGCUCCCAAGAGGUUAGCUGCAUUUUUCUUUUCUUUUUUCCUUUUGUCUUAUGGUUUACACUUUUCUGCUUUGGAUGUGGUUUUUUCUUCUCUACUCUCUUUUUAGAAGGCUGCUAUUAAUGAAAAGAAAUCUAUUUUCUAGAAUUCUUGUUCUUUGAAUAUAUUCAGUUACGUUUC